CCGCGUCAGCGCCGGAGGGCGGGGCCGCGCGCGGAGGAGACCGGCUGGAGCUGCGCCUGUGGCCGCCCGGCCUCCUCCCGCAGCUCACCCGCAUCCCGGCUCUCGGCUUCCUUCCCUGCCGCGUCCCCGCGCGAAGAUGGCCACGGACGGGCUGCAUGAGAACGAGACGUUGGCGUCGCUGAAGAGCGAGGCCGAGAGCCUCAAGGGCAAACUGGAGGAGGAGCGGGCCAAACUGCACGACGUGGAGCUGCACCAGGUGGCAGAGCGGGUGGAGGCUCUGGGACAGUUUGUCAUGAAGACCAGAAGGACCCUCAAAGGCCAUGGGAACAAAGUUCUCUGCAUGGACUGGUGCAAAGAUAAGAGGAGGAUCGUGAGCUCCUCACAGGAUGGGAAGGUGAUCGUGUGGGAUUCCUUCACAACUAACAAGGAACAUGCAGUCACUAUGCCCUGCACGUGGGUGAUGGCGUGUGCGUAUGCCCCGUCGGGAUGCGCCAUUGCAUGUGGUGGUUUGGAUAAUAAGUGUUCUGUGUAUCCUCUGACGUUUGACAAAAAUGAAAACAUGGCUGCCAAAAAGAAGUCUGUUGCUAUGCAUACCAACUACCUGUCAGCCUGCAGCUUCACCAACUCUGACAUGCAGAUCCUGACGGCGAGCGGUGAUGGGACGUGUGCCCUGUGGGACGUGGAGAGCGGGCAGCUGCUGCAGAGCUUCCAUGGGCAUGGGGCUGACGUGCUCUGCUUGGACUUGGCCCCCUCAGAAACAGGAAACACCUUCGUGUCUGGGGGAUGUGACAAGAAAGCCAUGGUGUGGGACAUGCGCUCUGGCCAGUGUGUGCAGGCCUUUGAAACACACGAAUCUGACAUCAACAGUGUCCGAUACUACCCUAGUGGAGAUGCCUUUGCUUCAGGAUCAGAUGACGCUACGUGUCGCCUCUACGACCUCCGGGCAGACAGAGAGGUCGCCAUCUAUUCCAAAGAGAGUAUCAUAUUUGGAGCAUCCAGCGUGGACUUCUCCCUCAGUGGUCGCCUGCUGUUUGCUGGCUACAACGAUUAUACCAUCAAUGUCUGGGAUGUUCUCAAGGGAUCCCGAGUCUCCAUCCUGUUUGGACAUGAAAACCGCGUUAGUACUCUACGAGUUUCCCCUGAUGGCACUGCUUUUUGCUCAGGAUCCUGGGAUCAUACCCUAAGAGUCUGGGCAUAAUCGUUUUCGAAUGCAUAGAGAGGCAUCUGAGGAUAGAAUUUGAAAUCGUCACAUGUAAAUAGACCUUACUUCUGGAGGAUUUGAGAGUUUAUCACACCUUAGCUAAAGGGAGCAACUCCAUGGUUGAAAGUUCACCAAACAUCUCCAAUAUUACUAUUAAAACUACCACCCCUGGAAAAAUACUACUGUGAGCCUUCAGCACUAGGAGAACAUCUUCAAGUACAAUCUUUCUCGUUUUGAACACUUUUUAAAAUGUAUUUGUUUUUAAGGUUAUUCUUAAUUAUACUAAUCUCAACUCUGUUACCAACAGAAUUCAGCAUUUAAUACAGUCCAUAUUAUUUCUUUGAAUCAAAUUUGUUUCCAGAGCACUUUAAAAUCUGAUUUUUUCUCAGCGUGCACUGACUUUUGGAACCUUCCAGAAGUGCUCAUUUUAGGGGAUUGUAUGAGAAGGACUGUGUUAAUUGAUCUGUGAUAGAAGAAAGUUCCAGUUCCAAAUGUAAUUAGACAAAAUCACUUUUUUUCAAUGUGUUCUUAUUGUAAAGGAUCUUUUUCAG